UGUUUUUGUGCCUGCAGUGAUUUUAGCCAUGUCCUUGCUACGUUUGGAAAACCUUUUGAACUUAUCUUUGAAUAAAAGAAGAAGACUCCUUUAAACAUGCAGCUGCCGAGCUCUUGCCUGUGCUUUGGUCAACCUCAGAACGCGAAACAAAACAAAAAUGACAACAUGAUUUAUCAGACAAACAGAGUUUCAUGAUAAACAGUUUUUUUCCCAUCUUUGGGUUACAGGACUGGACUUGGAUGUUUGCCAUUUGAGCUAUCACUGGUGUUGUCACUCUGGGAUGUAAUCAGAGGCAUUAUCACAGUUUGUCAACGUACAGACAUUCCCUCUAAAUGAGAGUAGGACUGUUUCUGCUGAAAUGAAAAGCUGAUAGAUUGUAACAACAGCAGAGACUUAUCAGCUUUCAGAAGUACAGUGCCACAUUCACAUUUCUGUUCGUGUCUUUAUCGACACUCGAUGAUUGCUGGUUUUGUUUAGGCCUUUUGUGAUUAGACAACACCCCAUGCUGUUUUAAAGGUGCAAUUAACAGAUUCUAAUUGUGAACAUAGUCAAAUACAACUCAGCAUGUGUAAGGUGCCGUAUAAUGAAUCUUAAUGUAGAAUGUUUGAACAUUUUGUUAAUUUGUUUAACUGUUGCAGCCACAGGAUGCUCUUGGGCCAGCUCACCUUCUCAAAAUCCACUUUCUGUGGCAGUAAACUCACCAUAUCAAUAAUCAUCCCUCUACAGCAACCUUCUGGAAAAGGAUUUAGAGGGGUGGAGAAAUUCUGCUACAGAAAAAUGCUGCUGGCUCAGGAGCUCUACUGCAAGACAUCACUGACUGACACUCUGGCGCUCUUUGGGGGACUAACGGUGGCUGUCUGCCUGCUGAAAUUCACCUGGAAAUGUUGGUGUGGAUUGAGACAGUUUGUCUUAUCAGAGCAGUGGCAGGUGGAUUUGCGUGCAUAUGGACAAUGGGCAGUUGUUACUGGUGCCACGUCUGGCAUUGGUAGAGCUUAUGCCACUGAGUUGGCAAGAAGAGGUCUGGAUGUUGUUUUAUUAGGAAGAUCUGAUAACAAGCUCCGAAUGGUUGCCAGGGAAAUCAAAAAUGAGUACGGACGAAGAACUCACACCAUCCAAGUGGACUUCACAGAGGGUGGCAGCAUCUACUCAUCCAUAGCAAAGGAGCUCCAAGGCCUGCAGAUAGGGAUUCUGGUUAACAACGUUGGAAUGACCUGCACUGAUCAUUUUGCCUAUUUUCUGGAAACACCAGAUGCCGAACAGAAAAUCACUCAGAUCAUCAACUGCAACACACUGUCGGUAACCCAGAAAUAUUAUGUUGAUACAAUGCAGAUGACAAGGUUGGUUCUUCCUGGCAUGGUGGACAGAGGCACAGGAUUAAUCAUCAAUAUCUCUUCUGAAAUGGGGGUCCGUCCACAUCCAUUGCUGGCUCUUUAUUCGGCUACCAAGAUUUUUGUAACAUAUUUCUCCCGGUGUUUGCAUGCUGAGUACAAGUCAAUGGGAAUCACUGUCCAGUGUGUCGCCCCACUCAUGGUGUCCACCAACAUGACACACAACAUGCAAGACAACUGUUUGGUUAAGAGUGCUUCGGGGUUCGCCUAUGAGGCUGUGAACACUGUGGGUCACUCCAGCUACACCAGCGGCUGUCUGUCACAUGCACUGCAGAGUGCAGCUCUCUCGCUCCUCCUGCCAGACUGGCUUCGGAUGUCGACAUUUCUCAUCAGGGUGUUGAAAAGCCUUCCAAAUACAAAAACCUGUCGGAGAAAAGCAUCUCAGAGAAAGGAGUGGUUUACUGUGACGAAAGAGUAGUCAAGUUUUUAAUUUUUAAUGUUUAAAAGAUGACUGAAAUGACUGUUGACUUUUUGUUGCCAAAUGUAAACAUUAUAAACACUUCACUUCAACUCUACUCUUUUUACAGGCAGCAUACUAAAAAUAUGUAAAGACAGAUGUAUUAUAAACAUUUAUUUAUUUACAGAUUAGAUUUAGUAAAUUAGUAAAUUAAAGCAUAACUAAGAACUUGAUUUAUUUUAGUAAUUAAAUUCAAAAAGUGAACCAAGA